AUGGUACUCCCAAAAAACCUUCAAGGGAAUCUUAUGCCAUCAGAAAUUACCUUUUUGGCAGAAAAUGAACUCAUAACCAUUUUACCAAGAUAUUCAAUCAAGAAAAUUGAUCUCAUAGGAACAAGUAUACCGAAUCUACGAGCCAUGAGAAGAGAAUUGGUUCCAUUAUGGGUAGCAUUAAUUUUAAAAUCACAAGACAAAUGUAGUAUAGUUCCACCAAAAUGGCUAACAGUGGCAUAUUUAAAAGAACGAUACGAAGAUGAAAUACGUAAACCACUACAAUUUAGUGAUUUACCUUGGAAUUGGUUAGAACUUUCUAAAAUAUUACUUGAAAAAGCUCCAGAUGAUUUACUGGAUCCCGUUGAUCAAUUAAGGUCGGUGAUUCAAGAUUUAAGAGAAACUAGAUUAGUCAAAUCGAAAAAAGGGUUAAAAGAAUUGAAUGAAUCAAAUAUACAAUUGAAUGGAUUAUCAUUGUUAGAAAUUAAUGAAUUAAGACCAUUUGUGAUCCCCGUGAUGAACAAAUUAAGACAACUAUAUGACACAACACAAAGUAAUACAAUAAAUGCUGACGACCAGGAUAUGGAAGAUGCUUCAGAUGAUGAAGAUGUAUAG